GAGAACAACACCAAUGCUGUAGGGGUCAACUCAACAUUUCUACUUUCCCUGUUUGGAUAGAUUAUUACAAGCAGCAAUAUUGUCAAAUUUAUGAUUUGAAAUGAGCUUGUUGUAAACCAGAUAACGAUGGUCUGGUGUAUGACUAGAACGACGAGUUGCUAUGGCUGACGACGAUGGCAGGAAGACCCCGACACCGCCUAUUCCCAUCCAGAGAGGGCACAUCAUUCCCGAUGUCCGUAUCGAGAACGUCGAACGGGACAACGACGGCGCCGGGUCGUCAUACGGAGACGACAUCCUCGCUCGCAGCCCGGAAAGCGUGGGAGCUGCCGCCGCAUCUGACGAUGACCUAAAACGGAAUAGCGCCGCCGGUCGGUGGCUGCUCGUACGGUCGCACAUACACAAAGAGCUCCCGAGCUAUGACUCAGCCGCAUCGGGGGAAAACAGUGGGACAAACAGUCCGUUGGACGGGCCCGGCGAUCCGAAAGGGUUGAUCAAUCUCAUUCAAAGUGGGCCGUCAGUGCAGAGUUACACGCGACUCAAGAGGCAGCUCAAACGCUGCGACCGUCAAUGGAUUUUACGAUUCUUGGAGCUCCGUGGACUGGAAUUACUGUACGUUUCCUUACAGCGGCUUUGUGCUAGCGCCGCCCCCGGCCGUCCGGGCCGACGUUCCUUGAGCAUCGCCGAUGCCUUCGCGCAGAUAGAGUGCGUCGCCUGUUUUAAGGCAGUAAUGGAUUCCCAAGCCGGUUUGGAUUAUAUAAUUGAGGAUACCGAAUUCACAAGAAAGUUGGCAAAUGGUGAGUCAUACCUUACCUUUUUUUAUCUUGUAAGUUCUUAUCAACUAAGUAUGUCUCUGUCAUGUCUAUCACUGCUCAUUGUGCGUAAAUCAACAGAACUUUGUAACUUAAAUUAUCUAUUGCAUGUUGAUUAUCAGAGAAGUCAGAAGUAAAGAAAAAUGAAAUAAUUCUAACGAAAUACCAAUGUUUAGAGAGCCACAUGCAAUGUUGUAUAUAUUAUCAAAUGCAAACUUGACUUUGCCAAAGCAAAGACAUAAGUGUUGAUAACGUAUUGGCUAAAUAAAUGCCAAGUCUCAACGAAAUUGAUAUCGACUAGGUCUUUAAAAGACCUGAGUGAUUUUGAUUAUUUAAGCAUAAGUAAAAUUGAUAUAUUUUUAUUCAUUCCUCGGCCAUGUCUGCUUCUUGUAACUCAAUGCUGCAAGUUUGAAAUGAUGUGUUGUAUAGUAACACAGUCGGACAUGUACUCUCUCCCAUUCUUUAUUCAUACAAAAACAAAAAGUUUUUUUUUCGAUCUGCCCGAUUGAAUAGCCUGAGGCACCGUAAACAUGGAAGAAGCCAUUCGCGAAGUUCAUUGAACGGCGCGUGUCAUCCUAUUGUCUUCGCUCUCGCGCAAAAUGAGUUUCGGCGCCUUCCCCUCCCUCCCCUUGCACGCACCAACUGAAUACGUCCGCGCACCGAGGGGGGCAGUUUGCCUUUUCAAACGAACCCUCCCAAAACUUUUUUAUUCAAACUUGAAAAGACAAUUUUCACUCCCCCAUCUUCGUGAUCAAUGGCCCCAUUAUUGAGAGAUGUCACGAUCCUGAUUUGUGGCCCGUGACUUGUCAAAGUGGCUCGCAUGAAUAAAAUUAAAAAAAAACUUGAAGCACAAUUAAAAAGUUAGCGCUGUUGAUUCACGAUCCACGCUCCAGAGGUCGGGAUUUUAUAUUGUAAUUAAGAAGAUGGCACGCGAUAAAAUAUUGGGCAACAAGAUGGUGCCAGCUUUGUAACUAUACCAAACUCGUGUCUUCAUGAAUGAUACUAAAGAUGGGUAAACGGUCAACAUCAUGCCAGUUUUGCCCUCAGUAAAUUGGCGCCUUUGAACUUGUUAAAACUGUUGCCAACCGAGUGCCUGCUUCAUGAAAACUAUUAUUAUAGUUACAAUUAUUGUAACUUUGUCAUUAUUAUAACUACCAUGGAAACCUUGACUUUGAUUGGAUGUUGAGUCCUGUUACCAUGGUAGUUGUAAGUCCUUUAUGGGUUUGGUAUAUGUUUCAAACAUAGCUUGGAAUCUGAAAUGACUCAGAGAUGUCAUAGCUGCCGAGGCAGUAUUCAGUUUCAUGAAAUCGUUAUCAUGCACUUGAAAUCGCCAAAAUGUUAUUCAAAUUGAUACCAAUGUACGAUGGCAUCUAUUUUGUUUUUUGGAUUUUUUAAAAAUUGUAUUACCUUCGGUUCAUGGCUGAUAUUAACUACAAGUUAUUGUAGUUUCUUUUUUAAUCUCUUCUCUCGCGGUGUCAUUGUAAGAUCAGAAAGGGUUAACUUUUGUACUACUCGCCAAUAUUUCUUCUACGAUUUCCCAUUGUACGACUUUUGAGAUUGAGCUUUGUGAGUUUGACUCGCCUCACUGGGGUUUCUCACAUGUCUU